ACCACAUCGAUCGCUGUGGAGACGCUUUCAGCUCGUGCUUAGAUUAGUGUCGCUAAUCCUGUAUGUUAAACGUGAGCGGAGCUAGCCAGCUAGCAAGCUAACUACGUUUUAUAAGUUGUCAAGUCAAUGUUAUGUAGCCAGCUUGCACCUAUUAACGCCACUGAAAUGUCAUACGGAGAGGUAACGGGUGAUUAAGUGCUGCAACCUCCUACCAUUAGCGUUGCAUUAGAGAUGUCGGGACGUGUGUGGGCCAGCAUCCUUCAAAGAGUUUCAAGCUACACAUUUACAUUUCACUCUACUGCCCCAUUGCAGUUUGGCAACCUUGUAGCAAUUCCCUCUCCUCACCCUCGACUAUCCCACCAUCGUCACAUCUCAUCAUGGGGUACCUCCAGAUCAGACAAGUUGAGCUCCAGUGGUGAGGAGUCAGGAAACAGGUCUCAAAGUGAGCGGCACCUUUCCACCCGACAGGAUCUAGACUUCCAGCUCAGCCAGGUCCAAAUCAACAGUAUUCUGCGAUCUAAUGAGCAGAUUGUGAGUGUGCCAGAGUUUGAUGGCAGGGGUCUGAGUGCUGUGAGAAAGUUUGAGAGCAACCAGCUGGCUUCCAACACACCUAAUGAGGACCGUCGCAGUGCAGCCACCUGCUUACAGUCAAAGGGCAUGCUCUUUGGAGUGUUUGACGGCCACGGGGGCUGGGCGUGUGCGCAGGCUGUCAGUGAGCGGCUGCUGUACUACAUUGCAGUUGCAAUGAUGCCAAGGCAGAGCCUGGAGGAGCUUGAGAGAUGCAUGGAGCAUGGCAGACCUGUUCCUCCCAUCUUGCAGUGGCACAAACACCAUGCAGACUUCAACUAUCGUGAAUCUGCCUCACUCUACAUUGAGCACCUCAGAGUCUUCUGGCAAGAGUUACUGGACAGCGACGAACAUGAUGAAGGCAUGAGUCCUCCAGACGCUCUGGAUCGUGCUUUCAAACGGCUCGACGCUGACAUCUCCUUGGAGGCUCAAGUCCCUCUUUCCAAUGACCUGAUGAGAAGCACAGCCAUCCAGGUUGCGUUUGCCGGUUGCACUGCCUGUGUGGCUCACGUUGGCACAGAAGGGAUCCACGUGGGGAAUGCCGGAGACUGCCGAGUGGUAUUGGGCGUGCAGGAGGAGGACGGUUCAUGGAGUGCUUUGCCCCUUUCCCAGGACCACAACUCACAGAACCAGGUUGAGGUAGAGCGGAUCAAGGCACAGCACCCAUCCUCAGAGAGAGACACAGUGGUCACAGAUGACAGACUGCUUGGGGUUCUGAUGCCCCUGCGUGCAUUUGGCGACAUAAGAUUCAAGUGGAGCCGUGAGUUACAGCAGAGCGUUUUAGCCAGCCUGGAAUCCAGAGUGGACCUGGACUCUCUCAACCUGUACCAGUACACUCCACCUAACUACCUAACUCCGCCUUAUCUGGAUGUGGCACCUGAGAUAACCUACCACAAGCUGAGACCUCAGGACCGCUUCCUGAUUCUCGGCACUGACGGACUGUGGGAUGAACUAGGGAGCGAGGAGGCUGUACGGCUCAUUGGAGAGCACCUGAGUGGGAUUCACCUACAGGCUCCAGUUUCUCCAUCUGAGAGGCAGCUGAAAUUGGGUCAGAUGCAUGAACUCUUGCUGAAACGCCAGGUCCGUGCCUCCCCUGCUUUAGACACCAACGCUGCCACACACCUGAUCAGACAUGCUCUCGGCACUGGGGAGUAUGGUGAACUUUGCCAGGAGAGACUGGCCUCUAUGCUUGCUUUGCCAGAGGACCUGGCUCGAAUGUACAGAGACGAUAUCACAGCAACUGUGGUGUAUCUGAACUCCAACCUGGCCAGACCUCGCCACAGCUAACAGAAGGUUUUUACAGAGCUGGACAGAGAUGAAAAAAAAACAUUCAGCCCUGUCAGAUCACAGCCAACAUUUUCUGGAUACCUUGGGAGAAACCCACAACCUGUUACAUAAAUCGAUUUAUAACUGUGUUGAAGGACAGUUUUCAAUAUUUCAGUGUCAGGUAUGUUUAAAAGAACACUGACUGUAGACUUAACACAGGUUACAUAUUCACAAUUGUAGCAUGUAUCAGGUCAAAUUCAGUGUACUCAUGAUGGACAUUUUAUAGACAUAACUUGAGUUGCAUUUCAUCUUGUUCCAUGUCUCCAUUUAUAAUAAUUUUUUUUUUGCUUGUCUGUAUGUAUAAGCUGUAAAGUAUACUUUUACACAAGUAUAACUUUGUGUAAGUCUUCACUGUGAUUGUUAGAUGUAUUAAAGUUGACACUCCACUCACUGGAAGAAUUGUGCAGAUGCUUCAUAUUAAACAAUUGAGAACA